CCGAAUACGCGCCGAACGUCACGUGAUGGAGACGUUCCCUGAGACGUUCUCGUGUUCGUGACGUCACCCACGGCCUCUUAUCAAUUGGGAUCUAGCAGCUACUUUGGCGGGACAGUAGCUGCGGUGUUGGUUGAGGGUUUUAUUUGCUGCUUAUUAGCUUCUGGCACAUCAUUAUGCCUCCAAAGAGCCCUAGAAAACAGCAGAUACGCAGUCAGGGUGAGCCCCGGAGUCCAGACAGGCCUGAUUUCCAAGAUCCAGAUUUUAAUUUUUUGUGUGAAAAUUUGAAGAUAUCUGACAAUGUUAGAGGAAAAGCUUGGAAUACCUAUGAGAAAAUGUUUCCCUCAGGCUAUAUGAUGAGAGAAACCGCUAAGAAAAAAGAAUCGUUAGGUCUUUGCCUUUAUAUUGCCUCUGUGGACUGUGAGGAAAUGACGUUUACAUUUACAGAACUAUUAAAAAUUUUAAGGCUAAGUGUUAAUAGAUGUUUUCGACUUCUGAGAGAAAUGGAUAUCAACAUGGAUGUUCUCAGUAAUAAAGUUGACAAUGCAAUUUCAAAGUUAAAGAAAAAGUAUGAAAACAUGUGCCUUUUGUUCCAGAAAUUUCAAAGGACUUUUGAACUUAUUUUUGAGGAACAGCACAAUACUCGGGCUGCUGUUGACACUGCACCCAUUCUGAAAGGAACUUGGAUUACAUUUCUAUUAGCUAGAGGAAAAAUAUUGCAGAUGGAUGAUGAGUUGGUGAUCUCCUGUCAGUUGUUACUGUGUGUUUUGGAUUAUUUCAUCAAACUUUCACCUCCCUCAAUUCUCAAGGAACCAUACAAAAGUGCAUUGAACGGAUUGCCUGUUAAUACCCCGCCACGAUCUUCACGACGUAGCCAGAAUAGAAACACACGUGUGUCACCACAGUCUGAAACAGACUCAAAAGUGCUAGAGUUUCUUUGCAGCCAAAAUUAUUGUCCUAUGGAUGAGGUGAGAAAUGUCUAUUCCACAAGUUUUGUUGAUUUUUUGGCAUCUGCUGGAAUUUCAUCUAAUGAAGGUAUUCCAAAGGUUGAAAGCAUAUCAAGACAAUAUGAAGAACUGUAUCACAAGCACAAGGAUUUAGAUGCCAGGUUGUUUUUGGAAAAUGAUGAAACAUUGAAAGUUGAUGUUCAAGACAGGUAUGAUAAUCCAAAUCGUGUUUACAUUUGUAACCCGGCCAGUAAAUCAGUUCUAAGAAGAAAAGAUCAAUGCUUGGACCUUGAGAGAACACCUCGGAAAGAUGAAUCUGAAGUUUUUCCAGUGCCUCCCCAAACACCAGUCAGAGCCGCAAUGAACACAGUUCAGCAGCUGAUGGUUACUUUAAGCUCUGCAAAUGACAAGCCACCUGACACACUUGACUCCUAUUUUAGUAACUGCACCGUCAAUCCAAAGACCAAGAUAACAGACAGAAUAGAACAUUUCGGACAUGUAUUCAAAGAAAAGUUUGCCAGUUCCGUUGGCCAAGCGUGUGCAGAAAUUGGAUACCAGAGGUACAAACUUGGAGUGUGUUUAUAUUAUCGAGUGAUGGAAGCUAUUUUAAAAACGGAGGAAGAACGUUUAUCUGUACACAAUUUCAGCAAGCUGUUAAAUAAUGACAUCUUUCAUAUCUGUUUGUUGGCCUGUGCUGUUGAAGUUGUUGUGGCUUCCUAUGCAAGAAAUGCUUCUCAGGCAUAUUGCAGUUCAGGAACCAAUUUGUCAUUUCCAUGGAUCCUGCGGGUGUUUGAAAUUAAGGCUUUUGACUUUUACAAAGUGAUUGAAUGCUUUAUCAAGGCAGAACCAAGCCUAACCAGCAAUAUGAUCAAAUACUUAGAGCGCUGUGAGCACCAAAUCAUGGAGUGCCUGGCUUGGCAGUCAGAUUCACCACUGUUUGAUCUAAUCAAACAAACAAGAGAACGGGAGGGUUUAGUGGAUCAUCCAGAACUAGUGAGCAAUUUGCAGCAGCCUGUACAGCACAAUCAUACAGCUGCAGAUCUGUAUCUUUCACCUUCGAGAUCAUCCCAUCAACAUCCUGUAACUAGUGUGCCCACCUCAUCUGUUACUAAUGGACAGGUUUCAUCCUCACAACCAGUUCAACAGAAAUCAACCUCCCUUUCACUCUUUUACAAAAAAGUGUACCUUUUGGCAUAUAAGCGGCUAAGCAGUCUCUGUUCCAGCCUCCUCUCUGACCAUCCUGAACUUGAACAGGUGAUCUGGACACUUUUACAGCAUACACUGCAGCAAGAAUAUGAACUCAUGCGUGACAGACAUUUAGACCAGAUUAUGAUGUGUUCUAUGUAUGGGAUAUGCAAAGCAAAGAACAUUGACCUAAGAUUUAAAACCAUUGUAACAGCUUACAAAGGGCUCACAAAUACAAACCAGGAGACAUUCAAACAUGUACUGAUCCGAGAUGGGCAGCAUGACUCUAUUAUCGUCUUUUAUAAUUUAGUCUUUAUGCAGAAACUAAAAAGCCAUAUCUUACAGUAUGGAUCAGCUCGGCAUCCAACAUUGUCUCCAAUUCCUCACAUCCCAAGGAGCCCUUACAGAUUUGGCAAUUCUCCAAAGGUUCCAGGAAAUAUUUAUGUAUCACCAUUAAAAACGCCAUACAAAACAGCAGAUGGCUUGCUUUCUCCCAGCAAGAUGACUCCAAAGACAAGUUUCCUUAUUUCACUUGGUGAAACAUUUAGGUCUCCUGACAGAUUUCAGAAAAUUAACCAAAUGCUUAACAGCUGUGAGCGGCCAAUAAAAAGAAGUGCUGAUACUGGUACUACUCCAAAGCCACUAAAGAAGCUUCGUUUUGAUUCAGACGGACAAGAUGAAGCAGAUGGAAGCAAACAUAUACAGGGAGAAUCGAAAUUUCAGCAAAAGCUUGCAGAAAUGACAUCUACACGAACAAGAAUGCAGAAGCAAAAGCUCGAGGAAUCACUGGAAUCUUCCCAACAAGAAGAAAAGUGAAGCUGUUUUCUGAUACAUUUAUUUUUAUGCCUGAAUUUUCUGUAUCCCUCCAACUGAUUCCUGUUCCUUUUAAUGGAGAUGCCUCAUGGCUUUCUAUUGGAAUUUGUUUUCUAAUGGAUUUUUUUUUUUUUUUUUUUACCAGUUUUUGUUUUAAUUACAGAUUUUUAUACGUUUUUAAUCUGUUUAAUACGUCACAAUUUCCGUUCUUUCAUUGUUUGUUGUAUUUAAGAAUCUCAGAGGGGGUGAAACUGAUGUGCACUAUUUUUCCCGAGGGAACUUGGGAUAUUUGAUACUUGAGCUUCUGUGUGACACAUUUCAGUGUGCACAUAUUUAUCGAGCUAGACGGAGCAACUGUCAGUUUCACUUGCAGUCGUACUACUGAACAAAAUCCCAUUUCCACAUCCAUUCUACACUUGCACCGUCCCAUAUUACACACCACCAUUAUUCCAGUUUCACUGCACCCAAUCUGACAAGCAGCAAUUUGUAAUCACUUAGGAACAUCAAUGUAAUAUGGUAGGUAAAAUCCACAAAAAACAUUUUAUCUAAACAUAUACAUCAAUGUCCCAUUGUUCAGAGUGCUCUUAGCCAGUGUAUACAGAGGUGAGGAUCAACCCUGGAAGUUUUUAAAGUUUGCUCUUCUGAGACCAUUUGCAUUUUACAUUAUUCUUUAGAUUUCAAGAUAUUAGCAGUUUGUGUUACUGUGUAGCCUGUGUGCACCCUGAUCUCUUGUCCAAAACAGAAGCAUCUCCUGCUGUCAUAUUAAAGGAAUUGUUCAGUGUAAAAAUAAAAACUGGGUAAAUAGGCUGUGCAAAAAAAAUGUUUCCAAUAUAGUUAGUUAGCCAAAAAUGUAAUAUAUAAAGGCUGGAGUGAUUUUAU